AUGACACCCACAUCAAACUCUGAAAAAGAAGCGUUAGAGUAUGUCCAGGUAACAAAAGACAAUGCGUUUUUCAGGCUUACCGGUAUAAUGCGUCAGGCAGAGGUUUUUGGGGCCGACCAACCAACGAUCCCAAAGAUUAUUUGGUCUGCCACCAGCAAUUACAGGUCGUUAUUUUAUAACGGCCAUGAAAUCAGCAUCAACAGUAUCUCAAGAUUGCUACUUUCGCUGAAAGACCAGGCAAACUUGAUCAUGCACGAUGAUCUUUUACUAGGUGCCAAUGUGCCUUGUUUGGGUGAUCCCGUCGACGAAGACAACACCGAGUACGUCGAUAAAAUGAGUUCAGAGAGAAUUGGGUACUCCUUCUUGAACGAUGUCGAGAAUGAAGCGCUCGUCGAUUCAAAGACAAGUGGGUACAUCCCACGCCAUAUCUUGUCAAAUCGAGAGCUUAGAGAGAGAUUUUUUGGCUUGGACGGCAGCACGCCUAAUCAUUUAACGCUACAAGGAUGGCUAAACCAAUGCGAGCAAUAUGUCAAGUUCUUGGCCACCAUUAUUCACAUCGAAGCAGGUCAGCCAACAAGGGGGACAGAAAUUUCAAGUUCGACAAUCAUCAAUAAUUCAAAGGGUGGUGUUAAGCACAAAGAAUAA